AAUCGUUCCGGACUUUGCAAUUUUUUUAGGUUACCUCUUGGGUUACCUACCUAUGUACUGUGGUUGUGUACAGAUUAAAUGGUAAAUAGUAAAUAAAAUAAAAUACUUUCACUAUCUCAAUCGUGAAAAAUAGACGUGGCGCAAUAUAAAGAAAAUAUAUGGAAGAAUUAUUAAAAUCAAAUGCACAGUGAACCAUACUUUUUUACAAGAUACCAUGGUUCUCAUGAGGCAAAUAAUACGAAAUUGUAAUGCAAAAUAUCGAAUAUUCAAUUGUUGCUCAUUAAAUUUUGCUUCGAAUCGAGUGAGUAUUGCACAAAGUAAAUAUGCAUACGUCCAUCAGAAAUUUCUUCACACAAGUUCAACCCUAUUUGUUAAAAUGUUUAUGGAAAACGAAAACAAAUAUGCUUAUGAUAUAAUGGAAAAAUAUGGUUACGUGGAAGAGCUAAAUAUUCCAAAAAAUACCAGCUCCUUAAGUCAGGAAGAAUUUGAAAAUAUAAUGAAAAAAGACUGGUCAAAACAAUCUACACAAGAUGUGUUUAAAGUUUUUUCAUUAAUAACAGCUUACUGUUCAGAAUACAAUGUAUGUAUCUCCAACAAUGUUUUUGAUAAUUUUAUAGAUGUCUUGACGGAUAAUAUUCAGUUUUCCACUGAUGAAGAACUCAAAUCACUUUUUUUUUCAUUAGCAAAAUGUCCUGAAACUCCAUCUAUCAGAACACGCAAUUAUGUCGAAGUAUGGGCAGCUCUAGAUGAUGAAUGUGUAAAUAGGUUAAAAAGGUGGUCUCAUGAUGAAUUGCUCUCAUAUGCCGCAUUGUUUUACAUGUUGAGUGUUACAAAGGCAUCGGAUUAUUGUUAUAAAUGCAUCCAAAGACUCGUAUAUAAAUCAAAUAAGUUAACAAAAGCACAACUAGUGCAAACAUACUUUUUUAUUGGUGCAAUGAGGUUUUCACCCCAUGAUAUGCAUGAUUUGGAACUAGCUGUUCAAGAUAAAUUUCAUGAAUUGACCAUUGAUGAAUUAGCAAUUAUAUCUUUAGGAUUUUUUAAGAGUAAAGUGCCAAUAAGAAGCCCUGUUUUAGUGUCUACUAUAAUUGAUGCUGUGAUUGAGAAUGUUUCUAAAAUUAAUGAAGUAUCUCUUGCAGCAUUACUUAAACUUAUUCGCUUCUCUCGCAAGAUUCCAUUUGAUGAUAAAAUAGUAAAACUUCUUGAUAUAUUACAACAUGAAAUACCAAGACUAUCUAUAAUGUGUAAUGUGCAUAUAGCUUUACUUGCCACUAGUACUUUAACAUUACAUAAGACCAGUUUACAAGAAAUUGCAAAUAAUGUAAUGAAAGAUAUAUCAAAUGCCAGAUUAAAAGAUAUGGAAAGAUUAAUACUCACAUUUGGAACAUUUAAUUAUGUGCCACCAACAAAUCCAAGUUUUAUUGAAACUGUUAUCAAUGAAUUAAGAAAACCAGAAAGGGAGCAGGAACUUUUCUCCCAUGGUCGUUCAUUUGCAUGUUGUGUAUCAUAUCUAGGACUUUUAGGAUACUAUCCAUUAGAUCUAUUCAAAAGGAUUCUAAACACUGAAUUUUUACACAAUACAUAUGGAAAAUAUUGUUAUUCAUAUGGUCGUGAAAUAUUAAUUAUCCAUAACUUAGUUCAAUUAUUUCAUAAAGAUACAAGAUUAGAUUGUCUUACUGACAAAGAUGCUUUGAUAUUGGCAAAAAAAUAUACUGAUUAUCUGCCUGAUGAGAAUUAUGAUAAACAAUAUAAUGUUACUGAAAAGAUGUAUUUAGAUGUCCUCAAAAUUAUGGAAGGAUGUAGAGGAGGACCUGAAUUUGUUACUGGGCAUCAUAUAGUAACACACCACCAAAGAGGAGAUGUUAUUAUAUGUGACGAUGCAAGUGGUUCCCCUUUACCUGUCAAAAAUAUAUUUAACAAUGUAAAAUUUGGACACCUUUGUCCAGCACCUGAUGAUAAUAUUUGGAUUGCAUUGAUUAUAGCUGGUAGAAACGCAAUGUUAUAUAAUUCAGAUGAACCCAGUGGACAUUUUCUGUCUAAAAAACGAGAGUUGCAUGCUCUUGGAUAUCACGCAGCAAUAGUGAGCUGGAACAUGUAUACAAAGUGUAAAACACAAAGAGAAAAGAAAAACUAUAUAAAUGGACUAAUUAAUGAAGCCAAAUCUAAUAAAGAUUGUGAUGUUCACUUAACCUGUUAAGUUUACCAAAUAAAUUAAUUUUCAGGAUCUAUUAAUUUUAAUGUGACAGAUAUUUAAGUGGCACAUUUAAAUAAAUAUUCAUAUAAACUUUCCUAAGAACUAUUUAAAGGUACAUUAAUGUAACUAAAACACUUAUUUGUUAGAACCUUCAUUCUUAAAGAAAAAACAAUAUGUAGUUA